AAUGUUAUCCCCAGACGAGUGCCAGAGGUCCCCGGGCUCCGUGGAGAAGCGCUCACAUCUCUCCAUGGUGCGUAACGGGAACAGCCACAGGGACAGCAGCCACAGGCUCUCUGGGCAUCUCCUGUGAGUUUUUGGGGUCCCUUCAUCCCCCGCAGCAUCCCUAUCCCUCCUCCCUCAUCUGGGUGCCGGCAUCGGAGGAUGUCUAGGACCCGGGCUGCGCGGCUCCUCCCUUUCAGGUCUCUCCAGGGUUAUUGCUUGGUGGGAGGUAGGUUCAGGGCUUGGUGGUAUGAAUGAAAGAGAGACAGGAAAUCUGGACUGAAAAGCUCAAACUGGAAUAGCUCGCCUGUCUCCAGGCAACAGGCCUGACGCAACCGCUGGGGAGGAAAAAAAAAAAAAAAAAAAAAGCCCCUUAACAAAAAAAAAAAAAAAAAAAAAACAACAGAGAGAUUUCUGAAGCGAGACAGGGAGGAGGAUGAGACAGUCUGCUGAAGGCACUGGUGACACCGCUCUGCAAACACCAAGUUGGAGACCCGAGGCGGAAGGAGGGAACCAAGAUGUCCGUGCAGCAUUCCCGCUGAGUCCCUCCCCGGUGUCCGUCCAGCCUCGGCGUGGUGCCUGAGCAGGAUUUGUCCUCAAAGGAGCCGUGUUGGGCACGUUGCAGUGAGCUGGUCUGGCCUUGAGGGCUUCCCACCCCUGUCCCUGACCCGUGGGAGCCUACCCCUAUGCCGUUGGACUCCCAGGGAGGAUGUCUCUGCCUAAAAUCCAAAUAGAAGAGGCUCUGGACAGCACAGAUGGUGGCUCUGGAGGUGCCGUUCCUCCUGAUGAUCACCUGAGGAGCCUCAAGGCCUUGACAGAGAAGCUGAGGCUGGAAACCAGGCGCCCGUCCUACUUGGAGUGGAAGGCAAAGCUGGAGGAGCAGGCAUGGAAGAGCCCCCAGCCCGCCGGCGAGGAGGACGGGAAUGAGGCCAAAAAGAGCCUGGAGGAGACUGUCCCUCUGAGAAAGGUGCAGCUGCACCUCAACGGGAGCCCUGCCCAGGACAAGGUGACUCUUACCUCAGGGAAAAUAGGUGGCUUUGAGAGCAUCGACGAGGCUUUGACGUGGCUCCGGAAGGAACUGGCAGAAAUGCGCCUGCAGGACCAGCAGCUGGCCAGGCAGCUCAUGCGCCUCCGCAGCGACAUCAACAAGCUGAAGAUCGAGCAGACCUGCCACCUCCACCAGCGCAUGCUCAACGACGCCACGUACGAGCUGGAGGAGCGGGACGAGCUCUCCGACCUCUUCUGCGACUUCCCUCUCGUCAGCUCCUUCAGCCUCUCCACGCCGCUCAAGCUCAUCGGGGUCACCAAGAUGAACAUCAACUCGCGCCGGUUCUCGCUGUGCUGAAGGGGGGGCAGAAGAGGGAAGGAUGGGGGAGAAGGAGAAAGGAUUGGGCAGUGCCAGGGCUCUCCCUGCCUGAUGGCUGGGCACAAAGAGGCCUCAGAGGGGCAGAGGGAAUGGGAGCAAGCGGGGAACACGCAGCUGGUCUUGGUGGCAGAAGGGGAAGCAGAGUCCGGUGCUGGGAUGGCUCAGAGAUGCCCGUUGGGAAGACCAGACCUGUAGGAAGCACAGAGCAUCUGAACCCAGCAUGGGCUGUUAGCCUGCUCUUUUGCAAAGUCCCUUCUCCUCCUUCUCCUCUCCCCACAGUAGCAAAGAGGUGGACACAUCUCCAGUAUUCAGAAGUCAGAGGGGAGAUUCAAAGAUUAGACAGAAAGCAGGGCAAAAAUCCCCCUUCCCUUCCCUUUUACCUCCUCCCAGGCUAGAGCUGUCUCCAGAAAAUGUCACUGUCCUCCCUGGAUGUCUCCUGAGACAUCGAUCCUCUGCCUCUGCCUGUCCAGGCACGGGGUCUUUGUUUUUUUUCAGAUAAGGAUGGUUUCCAGUGGAAAGGAGCCCUCCCAGCAGGUGAGAGAUGGUGAGUUGAAUGAUUUGCAGCCCCCAAAAGUGGUGAGAUGUGCUUGUUGACGUGCUCCGUUGAGUCCAGUGUACUCUAGCAUAAUUUUGUCCGUGGUAUGGAUUAUGGAUGGAUCAUGGACAUAUUUAUACAGAGACUCCGUCUGGCCAGAAGUCACCUGUGUGCCCUAGAAUUUAUACCCAGAGCAAUACGCGUUCCUGAUCCCACUGUCAGCCACGGCCACAAGACUCUUGUGGCUGGCUCCAAAAGCAGUAAGGCGACGGAGGGGGUUUACACCCAGGACAUCCCACAUCAGAGAAACCACCCGAGGCUGACAUCCUCCCAGCAGCAGCACCAGCAAAUCCUGGGUCCUCUGUAGCAACACACAUCCGUCAGAGAAAGGACCUCCGAGAGGAAAAAAAAAGGACUUUUGUGUAAUGAGCACAAAGUGUGACUACAAAUUAAAG